AUGAUUUUUCUUUCACAGAUGACCAAAGGAAAGCCGAAGAAAAACAGAUCGGCCAGCAGUCAAAAGUAUUCCAAGAUGAAAAAGAACCAACGCAAUCGAUACAAACCCAACUAUUACCCGAUCAAUCAUGCGAAUAGGAAGGAAGAGCGAGAGACCGAUUAUGAGGAGCUUCGACAAAUUAUAUCUGAAGAGUUCGGUGUACCAACCGACUGCCGUCUCUACUUCCUCAAGAAACAUGAUAUUAAGAACUUACCCGACCGUCCUCGCAUUCGAAUCACCUUUGGCAAUUCAGUCAUACUUGAUGCUGAUACUUGGGAGGUGAUACAAGUCAUUCGCUUCCAUCCUUUUGCGGACAUGCCAACCGAAAAGCUUGAUGAGUUCAACUUUACGGUCCAAAAUAUAUACAACCACACGCUCGCUCGAUCAGAGGUUUUGAUUUGCGGUUCUGUCAAGGGCAUCGAGGACUGGGGUGAGAUGCGUUCAGCAGGUUUUCGAGCAGGCUUCGAUAAAGGUAGAACCUUUGGUGUCACAGCGUUUUCUGCUACCACUGGUCGGAAUGAACAUGCGAUCUUCGAGGACCAGGAUCGAAUGCUCGAAAUGGCAUCUAUCAACGAAAUCCUGGCGGAGUCCAUGGCGGACCUCUGCCUGCAUGCUUACCAGUCCAACCGGGCUUUGGCGAUUAAAUACUCCGUACCCUCCUUUGCCGAUCCUACAUGGGCGGAAUCACCGAAUGCCAACGUGGUGGGGUCCAGCAUCGUAUGCACACGCGAUGGAUUCAACAACAACCCGCAUCGUGAUCAUGAUGCGAGUGCCUACGCCUACGGUCUCUUCGCCCGCAUUAACCGUCUGACUGGGGAGCUUCAUUGGGUAUCUAAGUCCGAUUAUCUAGGUGAUGUUGAGGGGUGUCGAUUCAUUAUCGACGAGUAUCAUGUCGAGGUUUUAUUAGACGCCUGUGAUGGGGUUGUUGAAACCAUCUGGGCAUUGGGAUGGAUGCCCAUCCACCCUAGAGACUCUCCAAUUACUAGAUUUGGGUGUUCCUUACAAAUCAACAAGUCACUAGUCGGCAGAAUUGAUACUUUGUUGAAAUUAAAAGAAGGUAAAUCUGAUGCUGAAUGGCAAGAAUUCAAAAAAAAAGUCGUCAAGUGUUAUGAACAAGAGGUGGAUGUAAAACUCGAUAAAAUUCAUAAUCCCUCUCAACAUUACAAAAGCAAGAGUGCUAAAAGAUGA